AUGUGCGAUGAGAUGGUCAGCCUCGAUGAGAGUGAUUACAUAUUGGAGGACGAAUCCCUAAUUUUAUACAACGCUAAGCAAAUCUGGCACAAAGGAACUUACUGUCUGUAUCCCCAGUUUAAUUCGGACGUUUCCAAUUCCAUUUGGGUUGUUAAACACAAUUGUUUGGGAUAUUUAAUGCGAGGAAUAUUCGAGAUAAAGGCCAUAUCCGUAAUAUGCAACAUUCUCACAUUGUUUGUAUAUCUUUACGUUAGCAAGCUUCGGAAUGUCCUCGGAAAGUGUCUUAUUUCUACCAUAUUCUGCUGGAUCAUACUGAAUCUUUUUUAUUUACUGGAUACAUUGAAUUUAUUAAACCGCAUUUGCCUAUUAGUAGGUUACAUUAGAUACUUCUUCGGGAUAGUCAAUCAAAUCUGGGACUGUGUCAUUAGCUUCCACUUGUGGAAACUAUUGACUAAUAGAAGUGAGUCUUCUUCGUUCGGCACCUACAAUGCCUUUGCUUGGGGCAUGGCUGCGAUUCCAACAGGAGCUAUUUAUGUAAUGAAUCUAAUUUGGGAGGAGGGUCUCCAUAAAUGGAACUGGUUGCCCUUACUUGGCUAUUCUGGAUGCAGACUGGAAGCUUGGGGGCUCUCUUAUUGGAUAUACUUAGAGGGCCCAAUACUGAUUUUAUCCCUUUCUAAUAUAAUCAUGUUUACUCUGACGGUCAUUCACAUUUGGAAAGUUAAGAGCGAACUGAGAAAGUUUAAACGAGAUGAAGAGAGGACUAUACAAUGCUUCAGUUUUGACACUGAGACUUAUCUAAUGUUUUUGCGGAUCUCUGUUAUCAUGGGCACGAUUUGGAUCUUGGAUUUUUUAUAUUUGUUGCGAAAGUACACCUUUAUUGAGCAGGUCUAUAUUUUUUUUAUGUAUAUUGAAAACGGUUUUGGAAUUAUCGUUUUUAUCCUGCUUAUCCUUAAGCGCAGCACCCUUAGGCUGCUCAUGGAGAGGUAA